GCAUUUUUGAAUAAAAUGAAAAACGUGGAAAAUGUAUACCGUCAGAAAUUUUUGGAAAACUUUAAUAAACGGAAAAAACAGUGUAGACUGUCUUACUUAUCGCGGAGAUCUCAGCGGAUAAAUUUGCAAGAAGUUUCCGGACAGAUACUUAAGAAGAAAAAAUUGUUCCCUGGUGAGGAAGAACGAAAAUCAUCACCGGAAAAAGACGUAGAAGGUCCGGAAGAUGUUCGAAGACAAAUCGCAGAAUUUGAAAGGAAGAACAAAAUAACAUCAGUAACAACCGGCUUGUUAUUCCAUUACACAAGGUUUGAUGCAUUAAAACCAAAAAGGCAUGAGCACUCGAAAUAUUUUGAAGUAGUGCAUGAAGAAAAUUUCGACGAAGAUUCGGAUCCAUGCUUAGUAAUUCAUAUUUUAUGUAACGAAAUUGGUGUUAUCUAUAUCAUUCUUUUCGGGAAAUCGAGGACCUCUUUUAUUAAUAAACAUUCAUUCUACACAUACACGUAUACAAACCAUACACAUAUGUGGAGAUCAAGUCUCUCACAUCGUAUUAAGAAGUCGAAUAAGCCAUAUCUUGUCCAUGAUAUUGAUAUAUUACCACUCCAAAAUGCUGAUAUUACAAACUAUUUAACAAUGACUGCCAAGGCUUUUACAGCUAAGUUUUAG